AUGGCUCAAAUGAACGGAUGUCACAGCCAAGGGAGCCGUUUCCAUAACGUUUUUGAUGCCUCCAACAACCUCCUUGUCCGUUUGCAUCAAGGUAGACAAGAGUAUAUUGUCCAGUCAGCUGUCUACUACCGUGUUGUGUUUACUACGGAUGGAUCCUAUGUCAAAAAUGGAUUUAAGGCUGCAUGGACAGAGACUACAACUGAGCAUGCCAGGGUUGGCGGCUAUGCCACGUUGUCAUGGACUCUCCCGGAGCCUGGGACCAGGGAGUUGAGUGUAUGUAACAAUGAGACAAAGAAAUGCCUUCUUCAUGUCACAGGCUAUAAUGACGUCAGAGCUGCCAGUGACAAGUUGACAUCUAGAGUGAGAUUCAUUGGAAACGUGUCAUCCUCAGGAACUGGUUUGUUCAGAUUCACGCUCUCUAGUGUAACUUGGGAAGAUGCAGGUCUGUACCAGUGUUACAGAGGCGCACCAGACUCACGCGGACCAAUCAUCCCUAACUGUGGCCAGGAGCUGUUACUGCCAGGAUGCGGUGGGCGCUACACAAACAUGUCUGGCUCUAUCAUGUCACCUAACUACCCUGGCUAUUACAACAGGAACCUGAACUGUGUCUACAUCAUUGAUGCAGGAGAGACAUUGAUCACUCUCGUGUUUGAAGAAUUCUUUACAGAACUUGGAUAUGAUAUUGUCAAGGUAUGUAAACAUUGUUUUCUGUUAGAUGUAUGGUGGGCUUUAUUUAUGAAGCAAUUAGAAUGAAGCGUGCAGUAAAUGUACCAGAUGUAUGAAUCUUUUUGAAAAUCCUUUUACAGACAGAAAAUGGGAAGUAAUAC